GCCGCCGUCAAGGGCAUUGAAAACUGCAUUAACGUUAGCGUAGCUGCAACUCUCCACACGUGUUUUCUGUCAGUCCCUUAAAGUUCUCAUUCUCAGUAUCGACAUCGGUGGAGAUGGACGGGUUCGGUUCAGACUUCUCAGCGGGAGCAUCCGGCGGUAAAAUGGACCCCGGCACCAUCAUGGAGCAAGUGAAGGUGCAGAUCGCGGUAGCUAACGCUCAGGAGCUGCUGCAGAGAAUGACAGAUAAAUGCUUCAAGAAGUGUAUAGGUAAACCUGGAAGUACACUGGACAACUCUGAGCAGAAAUGUAUUGCCAUGUGUAUGGACCGGUAUAUGGACGCCUGGAACACCGUGUCCCGAACAUACAACUCCAGAUUACAGAAGGAAAGGGCUCACAUGUGAACAUCCAUGCCCUUCUUGAGACCAUUGCUGACACAGAAGGAGCACCUUCCACCAUCAGAGGUCAUGAGCAUCAUACCUCAGACAGGCGGGGAGAGCCUGUGGACUCUAGCCAUAACACUGUCUUUGUGAACAUUUUCAUUCUGCUCUGAGGAACAGCUCACAAUCCAAGAUUGACUAAUUAUGUUUUUAUGUUAACGAUCAUUUAAUUUCCUGGUUGAUAUGUUAAAAAAACAACACUUUUUUUUUUACAGCGUUGUGAUAUGUCCAUGCUGUGAAAGCAAACUGCAGCACCAUGGCAUUUGUUUUUUGGUAUAUUUAUAACAUAAUAUGUUCAGUACAGUCAGACUUCAACAUAAACAUGUCAUUCAGUUUCAUAUAUUCCUGCCAUAAAGGUUGAUUUGAAUUGUUUUGGUCGCAACAGUUUAACCUUAAAACACAAUCAGCAGUGUGCCACCAUUUAUUUUCUAUUCCUAAUGACAUUCUGCUCUGAAAAACACUCUGUGAGAAUAAGCAACAACACAACUGGCUUUUUUCUACACAUGCUGCUACUCUGAAAGACCUACUUAAAAUCAGCAGGGAGAACUGAGGAACACAUUGGUGUUUUCACAACCAUGAACCUGACAUUCACAAGCUUCUUAACAGUCUGCUAUCACAGUACGCCUGGAGAACAAAACAGUUUUGUCUGACCUGUUUUCUAGUUGUCACUCUAUAUGCUGCCCUCCACAGUAGUGGGCUUGUUUGAGCAGGGUCUGCCUUGCUGUAGAUGGGGUACUGAACCAUUCCUAGUUUUUUGUGUGCAGUUCAUGGGCUGUCUGGAAACCAGAAUCUUUUUUUCCCCCUCUAUCUUGCUGAGUUUGUGUCUGGAAGUAAGACCCAGACAAGCAUGUGAGCAAUAUUUGAAAUAUAACGAUUAUCAGGAGAAUAAAGCUCAUCAAACAGGU